CUCGAUGCAACCACUCAAGAUUGCCGCCAACGACGAUGGCGAAGCCGAAGCGGAAGCACUGGUCCGAAAAGAAGGCGGAGAAGAAGGCACGACGUGAGAAAGCUGAAGCAGAGGGAGUCGUGGACGAGAAAAAGGAUGAAGAGGAGUACGACCGGCGCAAUCAAUUUCCCGCCACGAUCCACUCUGGGUCGUACGCUGCGCAACUCGACCCAGCGGACACCACUGAUAAGUGUUGUGCAGCCCCCAAGAAACGCUAUGGCCUCUUGCUUGCGUACUGCGGAAAGAACUACUCGGGCAUGCAAGUGUACGUACAUGCACGCAUCUUACUGUCUUUGCGAUUGCUGCGGACAUACCCCAUGCCAUAGCAAUAUUGGCGUCAAAACGAUUGAAGCCGAGCUCGAACGCGCGUUGUACGAAGCGGGCGGCAUUGCUCGCUGCAACUACGGCAUGAUCCAAAAGAUUGGAUGGAACCGGGCCGCGCGCACUGACAAGGGCGUCCACGCCGCAGGACAGCUGGUCAGCAUGAAGCUGUGUAUCGAAGAUGGCAAGCUGAACGAAUUUCGCAACAACGUGAACUCAUUUCUACCACCCGACAUUCAAGUGCUAGACAUCGUCGCGGUCACCAAAAACUUCAACUCGAAAAACUCGUGCGAUCGUCGCACGUACGAAUACCUGACGCCGACGUUCGUGUUUGCCCCCAAGGGGGUCAUGACCGACAAGCCAGCGACUGCGUCCGGGCAAUGGACGGCAGCGACGUACGACGAGUUCAACAGCAUCAAGGUUGAUCCUGAAGCAUGGGCCAUGCAAAAGGAGUUUCGCCUGGACGCGACUGCGCUGGCCAAGCUUCGCGAGACCCUGGCAAUCUUUGUCGGCACACACAACUUCCACAACUACACGUCCAAGCUGCCACCGUACAGCCCACAAUGCAACCGAUACAUCUUGUCCUUUGAAGCAGACGAUCCGUUUGUGAAGAACGGCACCGAGUGGAUUCGGUUGCGUGUAGUCGGCCAGAGCUUCCUCCUCCAUCAUAUCCGCAAGAUGAUUGGAACGACGAUGGACGUGCUCCGAGGGUCCACGCCUGCGACAACGAUCAAGACGGCGUUCGAACAAACGAAAAUGGAUCUGCCCAAGGCUCCCAGUGCCGGACUCUACUUGGCCAAGGCGCACUUUGAAGUGUACAACGACAAGAACGAAAACCAUCGACCGAGCUUGGCUUUCGACGAACCCGACCAACUCGACCGCAUCGAAGCGUUCAAGGAAGCCUUCAUCUUCCCCGAGAUCAUGGAGCGCGAAGAACAGGAUGCGGUGUUCCCGCUCUGGCUCCUCCAACUUGAUGCGAUCCCGUUCACGUACACGACGUGCCCGUACGACGAGUGGCGCACUAAGAAGGACGACGAAACGAGCCGCAAGGGCCAAUAUAGUCGCGGCGACUCGGACGACGAGCAAAACGAAAAUGACGACGAAUGAGUUUGGUCAAUGGCUACACAUGGCAGGCAUAUUCCAACUGACUCGCAUGCAUCCACUCGGCCCUCGAAUCGUGCCGCAAGUGAAGUAAUAGGUAUCGCCAAGGCUGCUAAGGGCGUCUGCGAGUACGUGCACAGCCAGGCUUCCUAGCUGUAGUGAAAACGAG